UUAUCAAAACCCUAAUAGCAGGGAUUGUUAUGCAGUGUUUCAGCAAAGGAGCCGGCGAAGUUGUAGUUCAACCUUGAGGAUCAGAAUCCGUUUCUUAACCACGCGCCGUCGCAAUGGGUCGUAUGCAUAGUCGAGGUAAGGGUAUUUCAGCUUCGGCACUGCCUUACAAAAGGACGCCGCCAAGUUGGCUGAAGAUCUCUUCUCAGGAUGUUGCCGAGAAUAUUUGCAAAUUUGCCAAGAAGGGUUUGACACCAUCUCAAAUUGGUGUUAUUCUCCGUGAUUCUCACGGGAUUGCUCAGGUCAAAAGUGUAACUGGGAGUAAGAUUUUGCGCAUAUUGAAGGCUCAUGGGCUAGCUCCUGAAAUACCGGAGGAUCUUUACCAUCUCAUCAAGAAAGCUGUUUCGAUCAGAAAGCAUUUGGAGAGGAACAGGAAAGACAAGGAUUCCAAAUUCAGGUUGAUUUUGGUGGAGAGCAGGAUCCAUCGCCUUGCCCGGUAUUACAAGAAGACAAAGAAGCUUCCUCCCGUGUGGAAGUAUGAAUCCACCACAGCCAGCACCCUUGUGGCUUAGAAGCAAGCUUUUGGUGAUGACUAAGAGAAACCAAGGGGUUAUUUUGGCGAUUCAACUUUCCAUUAAGUACCAUGUUUAAUAUUUUAUCAGUACUCACUUCGUCCGUUAUCCGUGUUGUACCUCACUUUGGAUUCAUUAUUGCAAAUUUGAUUUCUGCAAUGCUUUUGUGAAUGACUUUGCUUGUUGAAUGGGUCGUAUGGGUGCAA